GGACGUGGGUGUGCUGCUCUGCUGGCUCGUGCUGGCUCUGUGCUUAUAAGAGCUCAUCUGUAGCUUUGUGGCUGGGUUGGUUGGCAGUAGGUUGUUUUCCUGAUAGUCGUCCGGGGUUCCCACUCGUCUCCGCUGAACUCGGCCACUGCAAAAUUGGUCAUUACAGCGGCGCAUCGGACGGACUAUAAGUUACAGCAGCUAACCUGCGCUUGACUGCAGUGCAAUGACACAGAAAUAGGUGAUGGACCAGCAGGACCAGUCCUAUAUGUUUGCCAGUCUCACACGGCCUCACUCUGAGCAGCUGCUGCAAGGCCUCCAGCUCUUGCGGCAGGAUCACGAACUAUGUGACAUUGUCCUUCGUGUGGGUGAUGCCAAGAUCCAUGCCCACAAAGUAGUGCUGGCCAGCAUCAGUCCAUACUUCAAGGCCAUGUUCACAGGUAACCUGUCAGAAAAGGAGACCUCUGAGGUUGAAUUCCAGUGCAUCGACGAGACUGCCUUGCAGGCCAUCGUUGAGUAUGCCUACACGGGCACAGUGUUUAUUUCCCAGGAAACAGUGGAAUCUCUGCUACCUGCUGCCAACUUACUCCAGGUCAAGCUAGUACUUAAGGAGUGCUGCUCCUUCUUAGAGAGCCAGCUGGAUGCUGGGAACUGUAUAGGCAUCUCCCGCUUUGCAGAGACAUAUGGCUGUCAUGAUCUGUGCCUGGCUGCAACUAAGUUCAUCUGUGAGAACUUUGAGGAAGUUUGUCAGACAGAGGAGUUUUUUGAACUGACAAGGGCCGAGUUGGAUGAAAUUGUGUCCAAUGACUGCCUUAAGGUGGUCACAGAGGAGACUGUAUUUUACGCCCUGGAAUCAUGGAUCAAAUAUGAUGUAACUGAGAGACAGCAGCAUCUAGCUCAGCUGCUGCACUGUGUGCGCCUUCCACUCCUCAGCGUCAAAUUUCUCACUCGCCUAUAUGAAGCCAACCACCUUAUACGAGAUGACCACGCGUGCAAGCACCUGCUCAAUGAGGCCCUGAAAUAUCAUUUUAUGCCUGAACACCGGCUCUCCUAUCAGACUGUGUUGUCUGCACGGCCCAGGUGUGCCCCGAAGGUGCUGCUUGCAGUAGGAGGCAAGGCUGGACUGUUUGCCACAUUAGAAAGCAUGGAAAUGUAUUUCCCUCAGACAGAUUCAUGGAUAGGACUGGCCCCGCUCAGUGUACCCAGAUAUGAGUUUGGAGUGGCAGUGCUAGACCACAAGGUGUAUGUGGUGGGAGGCAUCGCUACACACAUGAGACAGGGCAUUAGCUAUAGGAGACACGAGAGCACAGUGGAAAGCUGGGACCCCGAAAGCAACACCUGGUCCUCGGUGGAGCGUAUGGCAGAGUGCCGCAGCACACUUGGCGUGGUGGUCUUGGCUGGAGAGCUGUACGCCCUGGGAGGCUAUGACGGCCAGUAUUACCUCCAGUCGGUGGAGAAAUACGUCCCCAAGUUGAAGGAGUGGCAGCCUGUGGCACCCAUGACAAAGUCCCGCAGUUGCUUUGCCACCGCUGUGCUGGAUGGCAUGGUGUACGCUAUUGGAGGCUAUGGCCCAGCCCAUAUGAACAGUGUGGAGCGGUACGACCCCAGCAAGGAUGCCUGGGAAAUGGUAGCCCCCAUGGCAGAUAAGAGGAUCAACUUUGGAGUCGGCGUCAUGCUCGGCUUCAUAUUUGUGGUGGGCGGACACAACGGAGUUUCUCACCUCUCCAGCAUUGAGAGGUACGACCCACAUCAGAACCAGUGGACUGCCUGCCGACCGAUGAACGAACCGCGCACUGGUGUGGGCUCUGCCAUUGUGGACAACUACCUCUACGUGGUGGGAGGUCACUCCGGGUCAUCCUACCUGAACACUGUCCAGCGUUAUGACCCUAUUUCAGACAGCUGGUUGGACUCGAGCGGCAUGAUGUAUUGCCGUUGUAAUUUUGGUCUGACUGCCCUUUGACCCAUGGCCCAGCCAGCUAGAACCCAAUAAGAGAACUUAGACACAAAGACUUUUCUUUUUUGUUGUCUCCUCCUCCCCCACAUUCGUCCUCCAGGUGCAAAGGAGCACUUGCACACUGACGCGAACACCAGAGGAGAAGUAGCCUGCUGGGUGGAUGGAUGUGCUGGGCUAGCUGGCUGGCAGAGGGGACCACAGACAUGGCUGCAGAGAUGAGGAAGAGCUGCACGUUUGUGCAGAAAAGAGAGGAAGAUGAUUGGACAGCUGUUGUCACGGGCACGAGGAGACGACCGCUCUACUGCUGCUGGACCACAAUGAGGACUCUGAGCCAUUUCCCAGAGGAUUGUGGGAGAAAAUUGUCACUUUUGUUUCAAAAUUCUGUGUUAUGUUAGCAGACAUAGUUUUUUGUUUUCCGUCAUGCCAUUAAUUGUGUUUAACACUUAAAUCUUUUUUUUUUAUUUCCCUGCUGCAACUAGAACCGUGUUCAGAUUUUGUAGAACACUGCAGUUUGCUUGUGUAUUUGUAUGAAUAUGUGGUUGUUGGCCAUGUAGUGUGUAUGUCCGUGUGUAUGCUCGAGGGUUAUGUGCAUGUCGAAUAGGAUUGUUUGUUUUGUUUCGUGUCUGCGUGCAGAACUGAUGCUCGGGCUCAGCGACACAGGAGUUCUGCAUCAAAAUCAGUGCUUCACAAAAAAGAGAAAAGUUGAAAUCUUUAUAUUUUCUCAAAAAGGGCUGCCUUUUUCUCUCUUGUAAAUAGUCUAAAAGAAAUAUAUAGAUAUGAAUAUA